AUGGAACAGCUACUCGAGUUUUUGCAUAGGCGUGAGAGAAUCUUGGAAUCUAACAAACCCCUUGUGGAAAAGAGGAUUGAAGAAAACGUACCGCGUUGCGAUAAUAAAUUACAUAACGGCAAUCAGCCUACGAGAUCUCAACCAACCUUCCAACGACAAUCGGCUUACGCAGUUCAUACUCGCAGAUACUGCUAUAUAUGCAAAGAGUCACACUUUACUCAAAAUUGCGAGAAGCUAUUGAGUUCUAAUUUACAAGACCGGUGGAACUUGAUAAAGAGUCUAAACCUGUGUUACAAUUGUCUUAGGUCCAAUGAUACCGUUGAAAAUUGUAAUGCCACAGCAUGCAAGACUUGUAGCCAGAAACAUAACACUGUGCUCCACCCGGAAAAUAAAAAUAAAAAAUGCUUCCAGACCAAUCACGCUAGCUUGCAUAACUCUUUACCGUCUCAAGUUUUAUUGUCGACUGCUAGGAUUAACAUCUUAGAUAACAAGGGAGUUCCUCAUGCGUGUAGGGCUCUGUUAGACAACGGGUCUCAGGUGCAUUUCAUGACUGAGAAACUAGCCGAGAAAUUAGGCCUGAAGCAACGGGAAAUUGAGAUUCCUCUCGGUGGAGUGAAUCAAAUGACCUCUAGUGUAAGCAAAAUAACAAGGACAACUAUCCAAUCCCGGUUAAACAAAUAUUCGACAUAUCUGACCUUCCUCAUAACGCCGGAGGUAAAUAAUCAGGCACCAAGCGAACCAUUGGAUAGGGUGGAGUUGAAAAUUCCUUCCAAUAUCCGUCUUGCCGCUCCGGAGUUUCACAGACCAUCAGAAAUCGACAUACUGAUCGGUGCUGAGAUAUUUCUGAAAUUGCUGUGUGUCGGACAAAUGUCUUUAGCUAACGGUAACGUAAUUAUUCAAAAAACUCAUUUCGGAUGGAUUCUGGGAGGAAAAACGCCUGGUGUAGCAGGUCCAAUUGCCGCCAAGUGCAAUUUAUCAUUCAAUUUAUUAAACAAGAAAAUUUGUGAAUUUUGGGAAAUUGAAAAUGGGCCUAACGAAAGAACUAAAUCUCACGAAGACAGUGCAUGCGAAAUUCACUUCCAAGAAAAUACGCGCCGCGAUUCCGCAACCGGCCGUUAUAUCGUGAAACUUCCGUUCAAGGAAGAUUCAAACGGACUCGGCGAGUCAUACUCUCAUGCACUCAAACGAUUUCACUCGCUAGAACGAUCGUUAGGUAGGAACCCUGAAUUAAAAGAUAAAUAUAUCACCUUUAUGAGCGAAUAUUCGGAAUUGGACCAUAUGUCUGAGGAUCAAUCUGCAUCGAUUUACGACGGUUAUUUUUUGCCUCAUCAUGCUAUAAUUAAACAAUCUAGCUUAACAACAAAACUUAGAACCGUUUUUGACGCGUCAGCGAAAACAUCCAACGGGAAUUCUUUGAACGAUAUACUCAUGGUAGGUCCCAAUAUCCAGGAAGAUCUUUUCUCACUGCUGAUCCGAUUUAGAUCACAUAUAUUCGCAAUCACCGCCGACAUUGAGAAAAUGUAUCGGCAAAUACUGGUGAAUGAAAAUGAUCAAAAGUUUCGGAAAAUUUUGUGGCGAGAAAACUCUCAUCAACCUGUAAAAAUCUUCCGAUUAAAGACGGUCACCUAUGGUACGUCAUCUGCCUCUUUUUUAGCAACUCGAACGUUGGUGCAACUUGCUUAUGAUGAAUGCGGAUCGUACUCAUGUGCUUCUGUCGCAUUACGGCAGGAUUUUUACAUGGAUCAUUUGAUAUCAGGCGCGAGAACAAUCGAAGAAGCUAAGCAAUUGUUUGCCGAAUUGAUGACGGUCACACGCAAGGGUGGUAUGAAUUUAAAGAAAUGGGUUUCUAAUGUACCCGAGCUUAUCAGAUCAUUAUCUAAAGAUUUUAGCGACACUUAUUUUAGUCUAGACUUAGGCGAUACAACAAAGGCACUCGGUGUUUAUUGGAAUCCCGACCCCGAUUCAUUUUUCUAUACUGUCAAGCAAUCAAGGUUAGAUGCGCCGGUAACGAAAAGGAACAUUUUAUCAGAAAUAGCUGAAUUAUUCGACCCGCUAGGCUUACUAGGUCCUGUUGUCUUAACACCGAAAAUCUUUAUGCAGAACUUGUGGCAAUUAAACAUCGGUUGGGACGAAUCGGUUCCACCUGAAAUAGAGGAGUCCUGGUUGGAUCUCAAACAAAAUUUAGCGCUCCUCCGAGAAAUCGAAAUCAAUCGAAAAAUAGUCGUCGAUAAUUAUGUCUCUCUUCAAAUGCACGGUUAUUGUGAUGCCAGUGAAAAGGCAUUCGGGGCCUGUAUUUAUGUUAGAUCAACUGACAAACGCGGAAUGCAUUUUACUCAAUUGGUAUGCUCGAAAUCUAGAGUCGUGCCAUUGCAAACGUUAUCUUUACCCCACCUAGAACUCUCUGCUGCAGUUCUAUUAUCUAAAUUAUACUCAACUGUCUCUCAAGCCUUACGAAGACUUCAUAUCGAAAAGACCAUUUUUUGGUGCGAUUCUACCAUAACGUUACAUUGGAUAAAUAGUCCCCCUAAUACUUUGAAACCCUUCGUCGGAAAUCGAGUUGCAGAAAUCCAAUCACUGACACAAUCUCUCGAAUGGCGGCACGUGCGCACCGAGCACAACCCCGCGGACCUUGUUUCGCGCGGUCUCGCACCGCAACAGCUUAUUAACAAUUCCUUCUGGUUUAAUGGCCCGGCAUGGAUUAAUGACGCUGAACAAAAUUGGCCUGUAUCACAUUUAGAACCCAUUGAAAUCCCUGAACUAAAAAAAAACAGUUGUCAGUUUGGCAGUCAAACUAGCACGCGUGAACGAUAUCACUACUUCGUUUUUAGAGAAGACUCAGUCUUUUAA